AUUUUAGAAUACUUUUCUGAAUGUCUGAGGCAUUACUAGAUCAAUUCAUUGAAGACAAACUCGUUGGUUGAAUGUUUUACGUGGUAUGGUCAAGAGGCAUCGUAGUUUAGUAUUUGUUAUGGUAACGAAUACCAUUAUCAUGAUCUGUUUUACAUCGGUUCUAUCUGUGCCGUUUCGCUUCUUGGACCCGUUUUGUGACAAACUUUUCCAGUCAAUUCUCAGUUUUAAUUUCUCAGUAAGUUUGUACAGGUACAACUGGAUGACAUCGAAGGAAUACGAGGAGUUACUUAGCGUGCUUCCUCUUUCUACGGUUGACUAUGCUUUUGCGUAUGGAUCAGGUGCACUUCAGCAGAAAGGAGAGGAUAAAUCGAAGAAAAUGGUGGACUUUAUCAUAAGCACAAAUGAUCCGCUCGAGUUUCACAAAGAAAACUUGGAGAAAAAUCCAUCUCAUUAUAGUCUUCUAAGUCACUAG